GGUAAUUGAGAAUGGGUCCUCAACGAUGCUAAGUCUACAAUGGGAAGUGUCACGCUUCGCUAUUUCUGCUAUGGGUGCCUUUUCACAUCUGUGACCUGGACACUUCUGCUCUUUGUUUAUUUCAACUUCAGUGAAGAGAACCAAUCUUUCAAGAAUGUGCCCGUCAAGGGGCUGGAACCUCAGAGGCCAUUUCCAAAAAAAUUCUUCCCCCGUUUUACGCGGGGGCCUGUUCAUAUACCUGAAUUGCAACAGAAAGAGAAUAAGAUAGGAAAUGCUCUUGGAAACCAUGUCCAGGACCCAGUUAAGGGGGAGGUAGAAUUCUCUCCCGAAAUGGGAAUGAUUUUUAAUGAAGAAGAUCAGGAAGUGAGAGACUUGGGCUAUCAGAAGCAUGCUUUCAAUAUGCUUAUCAGUAAUCGUCUGGGAUACCACAGGGAGGUGCCUGAUACAAGAGACCCAAAAUGCAGAGAGAAGUCCUACCCUUCCGAUCUGCCGUCUGCCAGUGUUAUUAUCUGUUUCUACAACGAAGCGCUUUCUGCCCUGCUUCGCACGGUACAUAGUGUCCUGGAUCGCACUCCUGCACACCUUCUUCAUGAAAUUAUUUUGGUGGAUGACAACAGUGAAUUGGCUGACUUGAAGAAAGACUUGGGUGAAUAUGUUAAAACUCAGCUUCCAAAAACCACAAAAUUGGUAAGAAAUGAGAAGCGGGAAGGGUUGAUUCGAGGAAGAAUGGUUGGAGCCUCUCAUGCCACAGGGAAAGUGCUGGUAUUCCUGGACAGUCACUGUGAGGUGAACGAGAUGUGGUUACAACCUCUGCUGACUCCCAUCAGAGAAGAUCGCAGGACUGUGGUGUGCCCUGUGAUUGACAUAAUCAGUGCUGACACGCUCUCCUACAGCUCUUCCCCGGUUGUGCGUGGAGGGUUUAACUGGGGUCUGCACUUUAAGUGGGAUCUUGUUCCUUUGUCAGAACUGGAAGGACCUGAGGGAGCCACUGCUCCGAUCAAGUCUCCUACUAUGGCUGGAGGCCUGUUUGCUAUGGAUCGUGAGUACUUUAAUGAACUUGGACAGUAUGAUAGCGGCAUGGACAUCUGGGGAGGAGAAAAUCUGGAAAUAUCUUUUCGGAUCUGGAUGUGUGGUGGUAGACUUCUGAUCAUCCCCUGCUCCAGAGUGGGACACAUUUUCCGUAAAAGACGUCCCUAUGGCUCACCAGGGGGGCAGGACACUAUGGCUCAUAACUCACUGAGGCUGGCACAUGUGUGGAUGGAUGAAUAUAAGGAGCAGUAUUUUGCUUUGAGACCUGAGCUGAGGAUGAGGAACUAUGGAAAUAUUACCGACCGUGUAGAAUUGAGAAAAAGAUUGAACUGCAAGUCAUUUAAGUGGUAUUUAGAUAAUAUCUAUCCUGAGAUGCAAAUAUCUGGGCCCAAUGCCAAAGCUCCGCAGCCAGUUUUUGUUAAUAGAGCACAGAAACGACCGAAAAUAAUCCAGCGUGGAAGGUUGUAUCACCUUCAAACCAACAAAUGCCUGGUUGCCCAGGGCCACCCAAGUCAGAAAGGAGGCCUGGUAGUGGUUCGGGAAUGUGACUACAACGAUCAAAACCAGGUCUGGAUUUACAAUGAAGAUCACGAGCUGAUUUUAAAUAAUCUCCUUUGCUUGGACGUUUCGGAAACUCGCUCCUCCGAUCCACCUCGUCUCAUGAAAUGCCACGGGUCCGGCGGCUCGCAGCAGUGGACUUUUGGGAAAAACAACCGCCUCUACCAGGUCUCUGUGGGGCAGUGCAUGAAGGUGGUCGAUCCGCUCAGCCACAAAGGGUACGUGACCAUGGCCAUCUGCGACGGGUCCCUUCCUCAGCAGUGGCAUUUUGAGAGCUGAGACGACAAGGAUGCGGCUGAGAAGCGUUAAGCCAAGACCCGAUGCCCCUUCAGCCGUGAUUUUAAGUCAUUCUGGAGGGCUUUGCGAGGAGCCCUUAGCUGCUACACCCGGCCCAACCAGCGCGAGGACCC